AUGAAUCAAGUAGCUAAUAACCAUAACAUUAAUUCUGAGCAUCCUACAUGUAAUACCACUCAUGAUAAUUCACUAGAUAUCACCAAGUAUAUGCUACUAAAGCCAUCCAAUCCCCCUGAUAUCACCAUUGAAGAAUUACUUAAAAAAAAGAAUCGUCAAACAUUAAAAACUGGAAAUUCAUUUUUCAUUUAUCGUAUGGCUAUGGUAAAGCAGAAUGAAAAGUAUGCAUUAAAAUGUGAUAUGCCAACGCUAUCAAAGAUUGCUUCCAAAUUUUGGAGCCAAGAAUCACAACAAGUCAAAGAUCAUUACAAACAACUAGCCAAAGAUGCUCAAACGCGUUUUGCUGAGCAAUGUCAACAAAUACAAUUAGGCAACCCACUUCAGACCACUAAAGCUGGAAGAAAUUUAGGAUUUCCCCAACCUCAAGGAUCUACUAUUCAUCGAACCAGAUUACCUUCUAUCUCAACACUUAAUCCAAUAGAUCGGUAUCUUUGUCAAAAACCUCGAUAUAAUCCAAUUCAAGCUAAUAACAGCAAUUUAAACACUAUUACUAACAUUCAAGAGACAAAUAACUAUAAUCAAUUACUUGAACAACUGAUGCUUCAUCAACAAAUGAUGCUUAAACAACAAAAUAUGCUGGAACGACUCAUGAAUUACCAUAAAUCCCGUCUCUAA